AUGCAAUUACCCGUUUCUCACUCUCACACAGUGAAACUCCCUACUAUUAAACUGGAUACUUUUCGAGGUGAUAUUGAACAAUGGCAGUGUUUCUGGGAACAAUUUAAAUCUUCUAUUGACGAUAAUAAUAGUCUAUCAUUAAUUGAUAAACAUGUGUUUUUGCGAGGAUAUUUAGAAGAUGAACCUAGACGUUUAGUCGACGGAAUCAGUGUUAGUGCCAGCACAUAUGAAACUACAAAAGCUCUUCUUCAAAAUCGAUAUGGCGACAAAAACAGAAUAAUUCAAACCCAUUUAGACUUUUUGGAAAAUAUUUCGCCAAUACGUAAUCCCACUCCUAUUGCAUUGAAUGAAGUAUUUAUAGAAUGCAACAGAAGACUAAACGCUUUAACGGCCUUAGGGGAGGAUAUCAACGCUUACGGGCGAGUUUUGGCUCCAAAAAUUUUACGUGCCUUUCCGGAUGAUAUUUGUCGCCGAUGGAUCAUUUACGCAAAAAGAGAGAAAAUAUCUGAAGGUGAUAUGAAUAAACUAGUGCAAUAUUUAUCUGAAGAAGUAGAAGGUGCUCUCACAACACUAAAAAUUCGAGGUGAGCAAAACUUUGAUUACACAUUUAAAACAUCUACAGCAGCCUUGCAUGUGAAUUCUAAAAAGAUUAACCAGACAAAAAAACCAUCUCCAUUUUGCCCCUUCUGUGAAAUUAACGGUCACUGGCCGCAAGAUUGUACGAAUAUAACUGAUAUCGAUACUCGAAUCCAAAAAUUAAAAACCUCUGGUACAUGCUUCCUGUGUACUAAUCGCGGCCAUAGUAUAAACAAUUGCCUUCGCAAAGAUAAAGCAUUCUGCAUAAGAUGCAAAAGGAAGCACCAUGUCUCUAUUUGUAGAAACAACAGUUCAAAUCAACCUAGCCACUCUAUUUCUACAAAUAACAUAGAUACUCGUACACCUAAUUUUACUCACUUACAGACUGCUCGAGUAUAUAUAACUGGCCCAACUGGUAUUACUAAGCUUACAAGAUGCAUUUUAGAUUGUGGAAGUCAAACCAGUUUCAUUCAUUCACAUCUUGUAGACUACCUAAAAUUAGAUGUUAUUAGCUCUGAUUCACUUGAAAUUCAUGCAUUCCAAUCAUCAUCAAAUCAGGCUCAAUCGAGACGAAAAGUAAGAUUUAAACUAUAA